AUCAUUUCACAUUGACAGACAGAAACUUUAACACACAGCACUUAAAAGAACAUGUAAUUGUCCACAGAGCCUGACAUUUAAAGACACACAACACUGCAAAAAAGUGUUUGAUUCAACUUUUAGACCUAGACCUAUAAAGGGAAGUUUAUAAUACCACACAAAAUACCUGUGUGUUGUGUUAAUGUGUACAAUCAGUGAAUCCAUAAUUCAAACUAAAUUCUGGGGUGACUGCAUGUGAUCAGUCUUUAAGCGAGGAUGUCUUUGAACGAAGAGGGUUAUGUGGUUAGGAUCAGAGGACUUCCCUGGUCCUGCACGCAGGAGGAGGUGGCCAGUUUCUUCUCUGACUGUGACAUUGUGGGAAAAGUAAACGGAGUGUGUUUCACCUACUCCAAAGAAGGCCGUCCCAGUGGAGAAGCAUUUAUUGAGCUGAAAACAGCUGAGGAUUUCAAGAAUGCCCUUGCCAAGGACCGUAAAUACAUGGGACACCGAUACAUAGAGGUGUUCAAGUCAAACCGUAGUGAGAUGGACUGGGUGCUGAAACGUAGCGGUCCUGCUGACUAUGAUAGCUGCAGUGGCUGCAUGCUGAGACUUAGAGGCCUGCCCUUUGGCUGCAGCAAGGAAGAGAUUGUUCAGUUCUUUUCAGGGUUGAGAAUCGUGCCAAAUGGGAUUACUCUGCCAGUGGACUACCAGGGGAGGAGCACAGGGGAAGCCUUCGUGCAGUUUGCCUCAAAGGAGAUAGCAGAAAAGGCUCUGGGGAAACACAAGGAAAGAAUAGGGCACAGGUAUAUAGAGAUUUUUAAGAGCAGUCGUAACGAGAUCAGAGCCUACUAUGAGGUUCCCCGACGGGGGAUGGGAGGCCAGAGACCAGGUCCAUACGAUAGACCCAUGAUGGGGGGCCCCAGGGGAGGGUUUUUUGGGCCCGGGCCUGGCCGUGGUGCAGCUCUGAUGGACACCAUGAGGAGUGGAGGGGGCUAUGGAGGAGGUUAUGGCAGCUUUGACAACUACAAUGGUUUCAACAACUACAGCUUUGGCAACGGCAUGUUUGAUGAACGGGUGAGAGGAGAAAGGGGAGGAAGAGGGAUGGGAGGCCACGGCUACAGUCAAAGUGAAAGUGGCUCAGGUUUCCACAGUGGCCAUUUUGUCCAUAUGAGGGGUUUGCCUUUCCGUGCCACGGAGGGAGACAUUGCUAAAUUCUUCUCUCCAUUAAACCCAAUGCGGGUCCACAUUGACGUGGCUCCAAACGGCAAGUCAACUGGAGAGGCUGAUGUGGAGUUCCGCUCCCAUGAAGACGCUGUGGCAGCCAUGUCCAAAGACAAGAACCACAUGCAGCAUCGUUACAUUGAGCUGUUUCUAAACUCAACAGCCAGCGGGGCAGCUGAGAUGAGUCGUGGCAGCGGUGGUUACUACAGUAACUCAGGAGGGGGCGGAGGCUCACGGACCAGCGGGCUGCGAGGUGCAUACUAAAGACGUCAUCCCACUCUUCCAAUCCAUCCUGACGUUUGUCCUACUUUUCUUGAGGCCACAUUUACCUGAGUGUUUUUAAGCAGGAGAGCUGAUUUCAAGUCAUUUUACUGCAGGGUCGCACUACAACUUCACCUCAGAUACGAGAGCAGACCAGAAAUAAACUAAACAUGUUCUAUCAUUCCUGAAAGCGUAUGAAGAACAGAACCUGUCAAAAGGAAAAUGUGCAAGCACUUAUAGGAGCAGCAUUGCUGAUUGAAACUUCUAGUUUGUAUUUUUUAAAUGUUUUCUUAUAUUUUUUUUAAUUGGAUAUCAUUUAAAAACUGGAUAUUGAAGAUAUAGUUUGUCAUGAUUCACAAAAAACACAUGUAUGUUACGUACCAGUUUAUGCCCUGUAAAUAUCUAAAUUUGCAUUGUUGCAAAGUGUUGGAGGUCUGGCAGAAACUGAAUAUGUUUUUCACUGCCCUGUUAUUCUUGUUUCCCCAUCUCACUGUACUACAGGAGAUGUCCGUCAGUACAGAUGCUGCAGGGAGACACAGAUUUGCACGGUCACUCAAUGAUAACGCUGCUUUGAUUUGGGUGAAGCAGUGGGAAUCAGCAAUGGCAAAACAAUACAAGCAACCUUUGGUGAUAAACUAAUUUUUAAUCUUGGUUAAAACAUGAGGAAUAUUUAAUCCACUCUAGUCUUACUUGUUUUCAUGACAUCUUUGAGCCGUCCUGCCGCACACUGAUUUGAACGUGAUUUUAGAUCAGCUUUGCUAUUUGAAAAGUUUGAUAAAUGUGAGCCAAUGUGUUUUUUAUGAAUGUUUUCACAGUUCAUUACAGAAUUUAAAAGUAAGUUGAAUAUUAUAUUCCACUCUCAAAGAGUGGAAGUAAAAUUAAGUCUCUAUAUUUGAGCUGUAAAAUAGCUUAUGCAGCUGUUGUACAUUUUGCCUAAUAAAUUUUAUAUUUAAUUCUC